AUGGCCUCCUCCACUGAUAGUCCAGAUCAACCGCAACCAGACCCCAACGAAAACCCUAACCCUAACCAACCACAGGGAUCGCCUAAAGCGUUAGUCCCCGAAGCCCUUCAACCCCAACACAAACCCGAUGGUCAAGAAGAUCUGAUCGAAGAAGAAGAAGCUCAUGUAGACGACCCAGAUUUGUAUGUUCCUUCAUCUCCACCCACCGACCUCCGUUUCACCCACAAUGGUUUUCGCCGUGAAGGCGGUCCUAAACGGAAGAAGGCGGCCACGAAACGACGCGAUCAGGAGAAAAAGGCCCAGAAGAAGCUGGAGAUACUGAGUGAAGUCCUAAAGCCCAUUCCUUUCGUCCCCAGCAAAACCCUUGAGUUUUCGUCGCACGAAAAGCUCUUGAAGCAACUCGGUUUGUGGGAUUUUGUUCAUUUGGAAUUCGACAGAGAUCUUCGAACCGAUCUCAUCGCUCAGUUAAUCGUUACGUACAACUCGCAAUCUAGUUGUAGCUACGUUAAUGGGUGGCGCAUUGUGGUCAACCGGGCUGACUUAGCUCGUGCCUUGAAGUUGUCUAAGAAGAAGGAUAAGGAUAGCAUCGUUGAUAUUGAAGAGUCGAAGGAAUCGAUAGGCUUUCUUGAGGAAUUUGUGUCAAAUUGGGUUCUUUUACACGAGUAUACGUGGAUGAUGCCGAUAGAGGUGAUGAACUGGACCAAAAUGAUAAAAGAAUGUCAUUUUGAGAAGGUAGAUUGGGCUGGUUUGAUUUGGUUUAUGGUUGAAAAAGAGCUCAUGGCUUCUCCCAAUUUAAAGAAUUAUUACUACGCCUCGCAUAUGCAAUGUUUGAUAAAAUUCCAGAAGGAAAAGCUGCUGUUGGAGAAACCACAAAAUGAGGUUAAUGACGCCAAGGAGGAAGAGGAAGAGCAUAAUGGUCAUGGGGAUUUCAAGAUUUCUUAUGAUUUGGUUAAUGAAUCUCACGAAGGAUCGCAGUUGGAGGAACAUAAUAUUGAGUUGACUCUUGGUGGGCGGGAUAAUUUGAUGGAGGAGGAUGAUCUCGGAAAAGAGACUGGUGGGCAGGAUAAUUUGAUGAAUAAUGGUGUUGAAAAGGAGGUUGUUGUCGGGGAUGAGGAUGUAAUGGAUUAUGGAGGUCGUAUUGAUGUGGGCAGGGAGAAUUUCUUAAGACGGUGUGAUCUUGGUGAUGUUGAUGUGGUGGAGGAAGAGAAAGAAGAUAAAGGAGAGGAAGUAGAGAUGGUUGAGAAAGAAGAGAUGGGAGAGGGAGUAAAAGAAGAGGAACAAGAGGAGCAGCAUGAAGAACAAGAUGAACAACAGGUUCAACAUGGAAGAGGCUUUCCUAUUUCUCCAAACGAUGAUAAUUUACAGGUUCCUGCUGUCUCGUCGUUUCUGGGUAAUGGUAACAGGAGAGAGAUUGAUCAUGAAAAUGAUAUUUGUCGCAAUUCUUUGAAUGUUAGCAAUAAGAGGUUGAGAACUGAUGGGCAAUGGGAUAAUUCAUCUGAAUUUGAUAUAUGCAUGGAUCAAAUGCAGCAUCUGAUGGAGAAAGCUAGAAUGCUGUAUUCUGCCAAAGAACAAGCUUAUGGAGAUUCCAGUAUGAACCAACAAGUUUUGCUCCAUGAGCUGCAACGGAGGGAUAGCCUAAUCGAACAUUUGCAGAAGGCCAAGUUUGAAGAGCAGCAGAAGAGACAGAUGAAGGAUGUUAUUGGGUCUGGGGGUUUAGUUCUGAGCACAAGGGAAAUAGAAAAGCAGCGUCUGAAACAAGAAGAGAAGGAGAGGCUUAAUAGACAGUUAAUUGAGAAUAAGAUUAAGGAUUUUGAAGCUGGGUGGAUAGGGAAAUUGGAUGCGCGCAAGGAUGCCGUUUCUCUUCUGAGUAACAAAUUGGUUGAUGUGGAGAACGAAGUUAAACAUCUUAAAGAGCUUUCCAACCGAAAGCGUCUGUGUAUGGAGUCCUUUGUUCGAGUUGCAAAGUUUAGUAGCAGUGUAGCAGCAGAUGGUUUAGCUUCUCAAUUCUUUUGUGGUUCAAAUUAA